AGAGAGAGAGAGAGAGAGAGAGAGAGAGAGAGAGAGAGCCUGCCGCACGUGAGGCGCGCGAGACCUCGGGGAGAAGGGACUAACCGUUAAUCUGGAGAAGAACGAAUAUUUUUCUAUUCUUUCUUUUAUUUUUCUCAUCGCACACACGGAGAGAGAAGGUCUCCGAGAAGAAACGGCCAGAUGAAUCCCAUGACACAGUUGUACUACAAGAAGGCGACGUAUUCGCCGUACCGCGACCGCAUCCCCCUGCAGAUCGUGCGGGCUGAGGUGGAGCUGUCUACAGAGGAGAGGGCGUACCUCACCGCUGUGGAGAAAGGCGACUAUGCGGGGGUCAAACACGCCCUCCGGGAGGCGGAGGUCUACUACAACAUGGACGUGAACUGUCUGGACCCGCUGGGCCGCAGCGCGCUCCUCAUCGCCAUCGAGAACGAGAACCUGGAGAUCAUGGAGCUGCUGCUCGACCACGGCAUCCACACGGGCGACGCGCUGCUCUACGCCAUCAGGAAGGAGGUGGUGGGCGCCGUGGAGUUGCUGCUGUCGCACAGGAGGCCCAGCGGCGAGAAACAGGUUCCCUCGCUGAUGAUGGACAGCCAGUUUUCAGAGUUCACCCCCGACAUAACUCCCAUCAUGCUCGCUGCUCACACCAACAACUACGAGAUCAUCAAGCUGCUCGUUCAGCGGAAGGUCACUAUUCCCAGACCUCACCAGAUACGAUGUGACUGUGUCGAGUGCGUCUCCAGUUCAGAGGUUGACAGUCUUCGGCAUUCACGGUCUCGACUCAACAUCUACAAGGCUCUGGCCUCCCCCUCCCUCAUCGCGUUGUCCAGUGAAGAUCCCAUCCUCACUGCCUUCAGACUGGGCUGGGAACUCAAAGAGCUCAGCAAGGUGGAGAAUGAGUUUCGUCAGGAGUACGAGGAGCUCUCCCAGCAGUGCAAACGAUUCGCCAAAGACCUCCUGGACCAGGCCAGGAGCUCGAGAGAACUUGAGACCAUCCUGAACCACAGGGACAACGACCAGAGCGAGGAGCUAGACCCCAGACAGUGCCACGACCUGGCCAAACUCAAACUGGCCAUCAAAUAUCACCAAAAAGAGUUCGUGGCUCAGCCGAACUGUCAGCAGCUUCUGGCCACGCUGUGGUACGACGGCUUCCCGGGCUGGAGGAGACGACACUGGGUGGUCAAACUGGUCACGUGCUUCAUCAUCGGACUCCUGUUUCCCGUCUUCUCACUGAUCUACCUGUUGGCGCCGAAGAGCGCCCUGGGAAACUUCAUCAAGAAGCCCUUCAUCAAAUUCAUCUGCCACACGGCGUCCUACCUGACCUUCCUCUUCCUCCUGCUGCUCGCCUCGCAGCACAUCGCCCGCACCAACCUCCACAUGCAGGGACCCCCACCCACCAUCGUGGAGUGGAUGAUUCUCCCCUGGGUGCUGGGGUUCAUCUGGGCAGAGAUCAAGGAGAUGUGGGACGGUGGAUUCACAGAGUACAUCCACGACUGGUGGAACCUGAUGGACUUUGCCAUGAACUCCCUGUACCUGGCCACGAUAUCCCUGAAGAUAGUGGCCUACGUCAAGUAUAACUCCUCCCGUCCCAGGGAGGAGUGGGAAAUGUGGCACCCGACGCUCAUCGCCGAGGCUCUGUUCGCCAUCGCCAACAUCUUCAGCUCGCUCAGACUCAUCUCCCUCUUCACCGCAAACUCCCACCUGGGGCCGCUGCAGAUCUCACUGGGGAGGAUGCUGCUGGACAUCCUCAAGUUUCUCUUCAUUUACUGUCUGGUCCUGCUGGCGUUCGCUAACGGUCUGAACCAGCUGUACUUCUACUACGAGACCAAGGCGUCAGAAGAACCCAGCAACUGUAAGGGCAUCCGCUGUGAGAGGCAGAACAACGCCUUCUCAACGUUGUUCGAGACGCUGCAGUCGCUCUUCUGGUCGAUAUUCGGCCUCUUGAACUUGUAUGUCACCAACGUGAAAGCCCGGCACGAGUUCACCGAGUUCGUCGGGGCGACCAUGUUCGGGACGUACAACGUGAUCUCGCUGGUGGUUCUGCUCAACAUGCUGAUCGCCAUGAUGAACAACUCCUACCAGCUCAUCGCCGACCACGCUGACAUCGAGUGGAAGUUUGCUCGCACCAAGCUGUGGAUGAGCUACUUCGACGAGGGCGGAACGCUGCCGCCGCCGUUCAACAUCAUCCCGAGCCCCAAGUCCAUCUGGUACCUGCUGGGGUGGCUCCACGUCAAGCUGUGCGGCCGAGGCCAGCCGCCGGGGGAGGAGUCGCACAAAUGUGAAAACCUCCGAGAGUUCACGAUUCUCACCUUUUCACGUUCACAUGUUGACAGAUCAAAGGAACGUCACGCUGACAGUCUGAUACAGAACCAGCAUUACCAGGAAGUGAUCCGGAGCCUGGUGAAGAGGUACGUGGCGGCCAUGAUACGCAGCGCCAAGACGGACGAGGGGCUGACGGAGGAGAACUUCAAGGAGUUGAAACAGGACAUCUCCAGUUUCCGCUACGAGGUCCUUGAUCUCCUCGGCAACCGGCGUCCUCCCCGGCGACACUACUCUUCCUCCAGCGAGACGAUGAGAGACGAUGGCGCCAUGGCGUCGGAGGAUGACAGCGAAUCGGGUGACGGCGGCGGAGGUGGUGGAUUUGGAGGCCAGAGGUCAAAGGGCGUGACUUUCAUGACCCCGCUAGAGGAUGAGGUGAGGCCGGCAGCCACGCUCUGCGUUUCGGCUCUGGUGCGCUCCAUCUCCGGAAUGACCCGGGUAGAAGGUGGGGCAGAGCGUGAGGACGGGGAGCUGGAGGAGGGCAUCGGAUGGGGGGAAGAGGAGGAGGAAGAGGAGGGGAUACCAAAGAGCAAUGGGCUGAAGACGACCGUCAUCCCUCCGUCCUCCACCACCGUCCUCCCCUUGCCUUCGUCAUCGUUCUCCUCGUCGCUCUCAACGUCACUUUCUCGCACGAGGAGUCGUCUGCAGCGCAUCUCAGCUCCCAGCGCAAAGACGGACUCCUUCAGACGCCUCUCCUACCUGUUCUCUCGCUCCAAACGCAAAGCGCCUCCCUUGCCUCUUCCCCUCCAAUCUCCGCCCUCCUAUACCAUCUCAGACGGGCUGCUCCGCCCCCUUGGGAGCCACAGCCACUCCGACUUCGGACUCAGUGACGUGACCAGAAGCGAGACCCACCUGCACGAGGUGGGCCGCUCAGUCGACAUCAGUAACCCCUCGUUCUCGCCGCGGAGAACGAACGGGAGGGACUCGCUCCUGGCCCUGCCCCUCCCACCCCCGUGCCCCUGCCAAUCCCUGCACUGUGCUUCCAACAUGUCCGAGUCCAGCUCUCGCCUCCUGGACUCCAGCGAGGACGUUUUCCAGGGCGUAAGCAUGGGAGGAGCGGGCGAGGGCGGUGUGGAUGACAGAGGGCGAAGAGGAGGGUUGAUGAUGAUGGGCGGGUGGGUGGGACCAUGCGACGAUGUCAUAGAGGACAGCUGUGAGGUCAUAGAGGACUCGGUCACCACGCAGCUAUAGGAGCAAGGGACGACCAGACUGUUUUUCUUUGUUUGUUUGUUUGCAAAAUGGACGAACACGUUCAGAGCAAGGGGAACAGAGAGAGAGGUGGUGGGGGGGGGAGAGUUCUUCAGUCUAGAACGAUGUCUUUCCCAGAAUGGAGCGGGUUCUAAAGGCCGGUGUCAUCGACGGUCCUCAAAUGGCAGAUCUUUAUAAAGACAGUUUGUCACCAUCACACAGACACAAGCCCUGUACGAGUUAGCAACCAUGCUACAUAGCAAGCAGGCGCUAAAUGGUGUCACUCUAAAUAAAGAUGGACGACACGUCUCCACUUUCCAAAAAUGAAGCUAACUAGUUAGCCUAAGCUUUUUAUCAUGAUGUUUUACCUCGUUUCUCAAACCAUCUUUAAGAAAAUUUUAGUUAACGUGUCUUUGUUAGUUUGGUCCAGGCCCCAUGCGCUAACAUGGAGGAGGCGGGCUUUAUGGCCUUGUCUGCCACCAGGUCGUGAUAGAGAGGAUUUUGCUUCACUUGUCGUCCAUCUUUAUUUACAGUCUAUGUAACCUACAGAGCUACUGAGUGAACAAACUGAGCAAACAAGCAUCAGUGCGAUAGUUUUCUAGUUUUUCUGGAAUGAGAGAUUUUGGAAAAAGGCGAAAUCUGGGCUUCACAAUCAUGAAGAUUUGAAUUGACCUUGAAUUAAUUUCGUCACCGUCUGUUUCAUUGUGUAAAAUGGUUUUAAAGCUGCUCAGGGUUUGUUUUGUUGUCGUAUCGCAGCUGACGUCUGACCGAGCUGCUCGAACAUCACCACCGGGUCAACGUCCAUCUUUUCAUGACACACUACGAUGAAACUGUCUUUAUAAACGUCUGCCGUGUUCCACGCAUGCCACAAGAGAACCACGGACGACGAGAUUUCAAAGGAAAGUACAACAUUUUUUUCCUCUGGGAGAUUGGAAUGCGCAUGAUGAUUAUUAUGGAAUUAACCAGGAGCCAAAGCAACUUUCCAGGAGGGAAAUAGAAGAAUCCCUUCUGUUUCCCAGCUGCCGUCUUUCCCUUUAACGUCACGGAACAAAAAUGGAAUCAAAUCGUUUUCAAAUCUCUGGAAUUAGACGGAACGACCGUUAAACUUCAGCCAAAUGAGACAGAACAAGUCCCACUUUAUACUUUGCAAAAAUAUAUAUAUAUAUAUUCACAUAUAUCAGGACGAAUGGAAAUGGAAUAACUUCCCCUUUAACUCUUCAUGGAUUUAAACCUUGACCGAAUCACUGGGAUGAAAUGGAAACGGCAUGGAACCAUUGCUCUGCUGUCGAUAGCCUGCACCCUCUCUCUGCAUCAACAAGGGCCAAGGAACUUUAUUUUAUCCUAAUAACAGUUAUACUAGUAAUAAUAGUAAUAAUAAGAGACUUUGAAUAAUAAUAAUAAUGAUGAUAAUAAUAAUAAUAAUAAUACUGGUUUCUAAAGACUGUCUUUGCUUCUCUUUGAGUUGCCUGUGUUAUCCUGGCUUCUCGUUCAGCUCUUCCUUAACAAGUACACUUUAACCUGAUGAAGACGAACACGCGGUGAUGUUUAUUGUGAGCAGGAGGAUGGAUGGAUGAGUGGAUGAGUGGAUGAGUGGGUGGAAAGGAGGAGAGGAAAGAAGAAGAGAGAUGAUUGGAAAAGGAACGCGGGACGUUUUCUGGAGGAAAGUCGAGGGGACGAAUAGAAACGAGUUUGCCUUUCUAUCUAUUUGGGGAAAAUCUAUUUUAAAGGGAAAUUUCACCAGAAUUUCAUCAUUACUUUUUUUAUCUUCUUCUUCUUCUUCUUGAAGUCGCUCGGUGCGGCGACUUCAAACGGUCGGCAUGAGCAGAGGCUGUUGAAUUUUACUCUGGUUAAUAUACGACUGUCAGCAGUGAAGUAGAGAAAUUAUGCAUGUCUGAUCAAACACACACACACACAGACACACACACACACACACACACACUCUGAUGUGACAAGCAGCUCCGGCCAAAUGUUUUGCCCUUUAUGAGAUCUCCCUUGUGUCUUCAUUCCCAUCCUUCUUCAUCCCUCCAUUGUUUUCUCCUCCUCCCUCCUCACCUGUCAUUUUUCCGAACCUCCUCCAUGACCUCCACCACACACACACACACACACACACACACACAUUCACCGUGACCUCACCCCCGCCAGCUGUCUUGGCAGUGGCGGCGGCGGCAGAAAAAGCCUCGACCCGCUGCUGAAUCACUGUUCCCCAAAAAUGUCACGGUGUAACCAUGGCGACCUGAUUUCUCGCUCAGCAGCCUGUAAUGAUAAUGUCACAUUCAGUGCUGCAGAGUCAGACGCCGCCGGGCUUCUGUCGCUGACUGGCAGCGGCGAGGGGGGUGCAGCUAAGUGGUUAGCGACGACAGACACCGUCUUUUUAUACAAACAUAAAAUUAGUUUUAUGUCACAAACAAGUGAAAGAGACACAUUUUGAAACUGUAGAGUGAAAGAAUUGGACGACUUAAACACAACCCCCGGAGUUUUCAAAAAGAAAACGAGGCUGGAAAACUCUGGAGUAGUGCGGACGCCAGGCGUUACCAUAGCAACUGUGAUGAGUUUUAAAACUGAAACAUAUUAGUGUGGCCGCAGGCUGACAGAGAAGAUGCAUAAAGACACACAGAUGGAGACGUUGAUGGAUGUCCGUCUAUUUAGCAGAAUCUAAAUUCGGACGUCCUACAAGGUCUGAUCCCUGAGGUGUGCCCUCUAGUGGAAUACUCCAGUAACUCUCCUGGUCGACUGGACUCAGCCGUCGUCCAACGAACCAAAGAGCAGGAAACUGCAGCUGCUCGUCACUUUAUCACAAACCGCAGAGGAAACACAGAGCAGGGAGCGGAGGGGAUGGGCCCGGGUCUCCUGGUUACCGUGGCAACCGGCCUGCGAGCUACGACCUGAUAAUCAGGGGCUGCGCGGCGCCGCACAUGCCCUGCGCCGGAGGGGUCUUGUAAUCAAUCACACCUCAUCAAUUGCCGUGACAACCGCGGGCGGACUCUGCGGGGUGUUUGAGUGUCGUCUGGGAAACGAGGCAGAAGAUUUUUAAAAACUGAAAACACCCAGAAAGGGGUUUUAUUUUGAAAUACAUUGUCAUAUGAACAGUCAGGAAACACACACACACACACACACACACACACACACGAGUAUUGAUCAGUUGAAAGGUUUCAUUGAAGUUUCAGUCGUCACCGAAGCUUCUUGUCCACUAUUGAUCCGCCAGAAUCCAUAAUCAAGUUAUAUUAAGCCUUUGAUUGAUACGGAUAGAGUUGAGUUGGGGGUGUUAAACUGUGACAUUUAUCAUCUUUAUCAAGUCAACAAACUGUGUUCAGAUCUUUUUCACUCAGCUUUUAUAGCAUCAACCGAACAAAAAGAUUUGACGUGCGCUCAGGGUCAGGUUUAUGACUUAUACUGCGGCCAGCCACCAGGGGGCGAUCCAGAUAUUUUGGCUUCACUUUUAGGAGUUGUCAUGUCAACCAUCUUUAUCUGUGUUUAAAUUAUCGAUUCAUAAUCAAACCCAUCACAUCAUGUUCAUUUUGUUGUAAAGGGCUGAAAGGAUUUGGUGCAGCUACUCCUCACACACACACACACACACACACACACACACACACACACACACACACACACACACACACACACACACACACACACACACACACACACAAACACACACAGUAUAUUACAGUACAUAUAUAUGGCAUCAUUCAGGUUCCCCUCUCACCUUCUAAAGGGAUUUUGAGCUUUAAAAAUAAAAACCUGUCCUUGUUUUUCAUUAUUUUUUUGGAUUUCCACAUGGAUGAAUGUAUGACUGUGUUAUUUUUCUAGAAGCGGACGGCUAGCGCACGUUGUUGACUCUUUAAUAAAGGCAUCCUUAGAAAA